AUGGAGCAGCAAGAUAUUAAUAAUUGUCCGGGUAGAGUUAAUCGUGAUAUUGGUCAAAUGAUUGUUGGGGUUGAUAUGAAACUCAAGUCUUUAAAAUUUGAUGUUGAAAAUUUUCGUCAGAUGCUUGUGGCUGCCAUUGUGAUGCAUAAUUUGCCGUUAUCAUUUGUUGAGUAUAAGGGUCUUAGAGCUUUAUUUUCUUAUUUUUGUCCAGAAGUUGUUUUGAUAUCAAAGAAUACUGUUAAAGCUGAUUUGAUGAAGAUGUAUAAGUAUGAAAAGGAUAAUUUAAAAAAUAUGUUUGCUGAAUUAUCUGGUAGGGUUUGUUUGAUGGCUAAUUUGUGGACUUCUAAUGUUACUGAUGGGUAUUUGUGCAUCAUUGUACAUUUUGUGAACAAAGAUUGGAUUUUAUAA